CAAUCAAUUUGGCUUUGACAUAGGUGCAAGUUUUUUUCGUGAAUUGUCUCAGUUUUUUUUGUUACUCAUCGAUUUCAACUGAACUGGUCGUUAUGGAAUUAGAAGAAGCAUCAAGUUCAUCUGUGAAAGAUCCACGUCCGAGUCUCGGAUCAAGAUUGAAUCCCGUUUACCAAUAUUUAAUUGGCGAUGCAAUUGAGACUUUUGUGGAACAGCUACCCACUGAAAUGGAUGUAGUUAAAUUGUUCUGUUUUGAAUGGGAUGAUCAUAAAAGUGCAAAUGAAAAAAUGACAAGAGUGGUAAACUCAAUCAAAACCACUUGGAGUCGGGCUGGUUUACCUCAAAGAAGUAUAACCAGUAUUCGUACAAAAGUCAAAAAUCUCAUUGCAACUUUCAAGUCAAUAGUUUCAAGUCGAACGAAAGGUACUGCAUCACAGGGAAAGAAAGAAAAUGAUUUUCUUAACAAAAGCAAACGGCUGUUUGACAUUAUUGAUCAAAAAUCAGAACCAAAAUUGAAUGCGAUCAAAAAAGCAUUUUUAAGUGAUCAAAGAGAUGAUCGGCGUUUAACUUUCUUUGACUUAAAUUUGAAUGAAGAUGACGGCAUGAUCGUUGGUGAUGGUGGUAGUGGUACUAGUAAUGAAUUGAUGUCAUUGGUACCGGAAGAUGACGAUGACGAUACUGAAAUGUGCUCAGAACAAGAAUAUAAAUCCGACAGUGAAUCCAAUUAUUAUCCGACAAGUUCUGAUGAUGAAGACUAUCAGCCUAAGAAAAAACUGAAAACAGAAACCAUAAAUGCAAUGCACGAUGCUGGGCUUAGUUUCAGGCAAAUGCACAAAGUUUCUGAAGCAUUUAUCAAACAGUUUGAUGAAAAUCUCAAUGACUAUUGUAUAGCACCUUCAACUUUUCACUCGAAAUCAACGAAAUUGCGCAAGAACACCUAUGAAGAAAUUUCAGAGCAAAUGAAGGAACGAAAUUCCAAAUUAGUUAUUUUAUUUGAUACAAAAACGUGUGACCAACUGAAUGCAGUCCAUUUACAAAAACAGAAACGUCUCGCUGUUGUUUUAUAUAACGAACGAUGCCAUUAUGGAGUCUGUAUUUGCACUGUUUGUAAUUCACAGGCUGAAACACUAGCCAAUAAGUUAUUGAACGUUGCCAUUGAAUACUGCUUAUCAACACGCAUUAUAGGUCUUUCUUGUGAUACAGAAAAUACGAAUAUUGGACAUCAUGCUGGAACAUGUGUGUUAUUCGAAAGAAAGAUCCAGAAGGAGAUCCUCCGUCUGUGCUGUAGGCAUCAUAUUCUGGAACUCGUGCUGAAAAAAGUGUGCGUCGAGCUUUUAGGCACAGUGCAAACACCGAGUUUCAAUUUCGAAGGAUUAGAACAGUUGAAAAAUGAGUGGGAUAACAUACAUAAAUAUAGAUAUCAACCUAUCGAUGAAGAAGAAAUAGGAUAUUCAGCAACACUAUCUGUUUUAAGGGACCAAGCAAUUAAUCAGCUCAGAGAAGAUACAAAAAAUCCAGUGGUAAGGGAUGAUUAUGGCGAAUUAAAUGACAUCUGCCUAAAACUUCUGGGAGUUACCACUAGCAAAAAAAUCCGAGUGAUUGGAGCCUCCAGCAAAGCAAGGUGAUUGUCUCAUUGUAGUUAAUUACUCAAACAAAAAACCAAGUAGAUGAAAUUGCCUUCUUGAUUCUUGUAAAAGUAGAUUCUUGAUCUGCUUGAACACUUA